AUGGCCACUCCUGCCCUCUUUCCAAAAGAAGCCCAGGCUGCAUCCAAGAUUCAGCCUCCGCCGUUCUCUGUCAAGACUGAGCGUCACGAGCACUCCAUCACCAUCGGUCCAUGGACGAUCAUCGCAACAAAGAAACCUAUAUUGAACGGAAAGGAGAUUGAUGCCUCUGAGAAGGCCCUCAAUCUUCCUCUGCCAGAAAUGACCUUUGGCAACAACUCUCUCACCCUUACAUACGAACCUCCCACCUCGUCCACCCGGACUCCUUUAGCAUCAGCUAAUGCUCCCACCGGCCACAAUUCAGAGAGAAACUCACAAGGUUUUACAUUAUCGUUCAAAACUAUUGAUGCCUUGUCCGGUGUUGCGACAGGCGAGGGAUGGGAGGAGAGAGUCGGGGGUGGUGUUCUAGUUAGCAUGGCCGAAAAAUGGGGCCAAAAUAAGUCAUGGGCCUCCGAAAAUACAGCAUCCACUACGUCGCCAGGACAGACCGCGAGCUCUGGAGGCCUGUUCGACGUCCCCGUUCCCUCAAAGCCCGUCAAGCCUCACGACUGGACAUAUUCCACCCUUUAUGCUGGCUCUAUUACUGGUACCAGUACAUUCAUCCCUUCCCCUACUCACUCUUUGCCCUUGACUCUUCUAGCCCGACAGGACCCGGUGCUCGACCAGAUUCUCUAUUAUGAGGAUGUUCCGCUGUACGAAGAUGAGCUUCACGACAAUGGUGAGAGUAUGCUGAACACUCGAAUCCGAGUGAUGCCCCAUUGCUUUUUUAUCCUGUCUCGUUUAUUUGUCCGUGUAGACAAUGUCCUCUUCAGAAUGUACGACGUCCGGUUGUAUCACGCUUUUGGAAGCUCCGAAAUUAUCAGGGAAGUCAAGGGUAUGGAAGCCGGGUAUGGCGAGGUCAAGCGCCACCUGGAGAAACCAACAGAUCUUUCUCCGUUGACGGAUCCCAAUUGGGUCUAUCGAAUAAUGCAGUCCCUCUCAUCCCUUCCGCCUCAACGUCGGCAAUUCAUCCACCGGCGUUCCAGCUCGAGCGCGAGUAGUAAGAAUGGGAAACCUUGGCCCGGGCUUGGGGAAAAGGUCGAUGUUUUGAGAAUACCGCAGGGUGAUGGCGUACAAGAGAUCAGGGCGAAGUUAGGUGAGGUCGAAAUCUGA